GGGAUUACUUGGUGUCCAUGAUUUUUGGUUUGAAGGUGGAUCAAAAUUGGACUCGUCGAUAAACAUCGAGUUUACUUCCUCUCCAAGUACUGCCAUUACAAAAUGGGAGCUGGAUAGUUUGGUACGACGCCGUAUAACAGAAACCGUUGUCACCACGAUUUCAACCUUAAAAUCAUUAUCUCAAUUAGUCACCGAGAUUCCAAAUAUGGUGGUUUUGGAUCACAUACAAAUAGAGGUUUUAUUGGCAUUAGACAGUCUAAAAAAAUCUUGCGCAAGUAUACAAGCAGAACAGUACGAAGUUGCCUUGCAUCACGCAAAGAAAGCAAUAGAAAGAGCCGAGUCAGCAUUUUUCGAUCCGACAAUGGUGUCAAUGUUGUAUUUCCCUGAUGAACAUAAAUAUGCCAUAUAUAUGCCUUUAUUUGUACCCAUUUCUGUUCCUUUAUUUGUUGCAAUUUUCAGAGAA